AUGGAUCUGCUCGACCAGUGGGACCCGGAAUAUAAGGAUGUCGGCACGCUUAAUCUGGAUGAGAUUUAUCAAGAACUGAGUCGCCUCGAUGCUUUUGAGCAACUCAUAAGUUCGAAACAAGGAAGGAAUCCCGACAAAGAAGUUGAAGUUGAUACCAACGCUGAAAAGGAUAGCGAGGAAGCUCCCGUGCAGGACAACCCAGAGGAGAUCCGAAAGAACACAGUACUCGAUGACAUCGACACACGCCGCAUCGCGCUUCGAGCAGGGGCAAUGGAGCUUUCCCGCGCGAAGAUCCGACCGAUGACGAUAGUUGAUUUGCCUGCCGAUAUUCUGCUCCAGAUUUUUGGUUACUUCCGGGACGCAAGGAUCGGAAAGCAGGCCCAAAUUGACUGGAGGUCGCUACCCAGGGGCUGUGAAGCAGAUAUUGCCCGUAGGACUGCCCGCGAGACCAUCCGGCAAGUUCGCCUGGUCUGCUGCCUGUUCAACGACCUGGCGUCUCCGCUGUUGUGUCCGAUCCUCCGCGUAGAUCUUGACCAGGAAUCACUGGACGGGGCUGUGGAGUUGCUCAAACGUCCCCGGAUUGCUCAAGGUGUGCAUGCUAUUCAAGUCGGGCUGCAAUAUCGUCCAAAGGAGCUUGUCAUGGACUGCCCGAAAUUCAAGGACUAUUGCAAGAAGCAAUUAGAAGAAAUGGUCAAUGACUGCGAAUGGCACGCCGAGGUCUGUUCCCAUGAGGGACAUGAAUCGGACGAUGAAACGGUCUGCCCAUAUCGGGAAGCGAUAAGCAAUUACAACAAAAUCAGUUUUUCGUGGGACUGUUACUUUAACUCUGACGAGAGUGACGAGAAUGACGACGUCACCGAAUCAGAGGCAGAUGAGCACAUGGAGAUCCUCGUCCGAGGCUAUAAUGAAUAUCGCAAAAAGCAUGAAGAGCAGUUGCACCUCAUCACGACGGGAUCCUUCGUCACCACGCUUGCAUCUUGUAUCUCCCAACUGCCCAACAUCGUUGCCCUGGGCUUCACCGACGAAAUGGAACCACUCUAUGAUUGGCGUCACCCGACAGUUUUGCUUAGAGACACGAGUUUGCUUCCCGGAAUGAUGAGCGCAGCGCUGAAGUGGUCCAAAAUCGAGGAUUUGGGGGAUGUCAAACUCACACCCGCCAGGAUCUUGUUCGACCUGCCGGUUGCCAUACACAAAGCCGGAAUAAAGCUGAGGGAUCUUUACAUGGGACCUUUCCCUCGCCGAGGCAGUUUUUCUCUUCUUUGUCCCGAUACUGUGAGCAAUCCCACCCAUCCAGCAGCAUGGUCAGAUCUUCGAGCGGCGUGCAGCAGCCUCUGCAGAGUUGAAUUUGGAUCAUACUUCCAUGACCGCCCUAUCCGCCACGAGCAUCUCCAACCGGAAGAAAAGUACUAUGUUGACCAGUACCUCAGCACAGUGCUUUGCAGUGCAGAUCUAAAAUAUGUGUGGUUGUAUUUGCGUUCUUUUGGCCUCAAUGAUGGCCACACCACGAAGGAGGGCUGGUACAAUAUUGAUCCUGUCCUUAGUGCGGUCAAUUGGUCACGCAUCAAAAAUAUAGUGAUCUCGUACAUCUCUUUGAAGCAAGAUGAGCUAGAAAGAUUUUGCGCCAGGCUGGGUCCCUCAAUUCAGCUCCUUUCGUUGUCCACUGUACACCUUUUGGACGGCAGCUGGGCAGGGAUUCUGAGUACGUUGGACGAGAAGGCGCGGUCAACAUUCCGUGAACAGCAUGACACAGUGUCUUUGAGCCAUCUGACGGGCGGAGAGUUUGGAGAGGUAGAGAUCAAGCCAAUACCCCCUCCCUUAGGAUUCGAGGACUCGGAUGACGAGUUGGAGCCGGCCAAACCACCCCCUGCGGCAGGGGAGAUGUUGAAGAAGCUAUACGCUUCAUUCUUCUGGUAG